AUGGUAGGUAAAGAAGGCUAUAUGGCUUUGAAACUAGACAUGAGUAAAGUCUAUGACCGAGUGGAAUGGUGUUUUCUGAGAGCAGUUCUUAUCAAGCUGGGUUUUGGCAAAAAAUGGGUAGAAUUGGUGAUGCACUGUAUUGAAACAGUCAACUACUGUUUAUUGGUGAAUGGUGAACUUCAAAAAAUCUUCUCCCCCACUCGAGGCAUAAGGCAAGGUGAACCCCUAUCACCUUACCUUCUCAUAUUGUGUGCUGAAACUUUGAGUAAUUUGAUAUGCAAAGCUGAAGAGAUGGAGUUAAUACAUGGGGUACCAAUGGCUCGUGGACAGAUGAGGGUAUCCCACCUCUUCUCUGCAGAUGAUAGCUUAUUGUUUUGUAAGGCCAAUGCAGAAGAAUGGCGUAGGAUGAUAAGCUUACUGAGAGCCUAUGAAAGGGACUCGGGCCAGAGAUUAAAUGUAGAGAAGACUUAUGUUGUUUUCAGCAAGAACACCAGCAAAAUUACUCAGAGGUUCAUCUUAUCAAUAGCAAGAAUGAGGACCACCAUGCCAUAUGAAAGGUACCUGGGCCUACCCCCAGUGGUUGGCAAGGAUAGAUUCAAAACUUUCAAGACUCUUCUAGACAACAUCAAAUUGAAGCUAAGUAAUCAAAGAAUCAAGACCCUCUCUUAG